AUGUUUAUAACGCAGGUGUCGCUGAUACAGAAAGCUGAUUCGCUACAGUGGUUCGUGGUUGCUAUAGCAACAUCUCCUUACCCCACCCUGCAGGCUGUUAUAGACCUGACUGCUGGAGCUGUAGGAGGGAUGGCGUGUGUGUUGAGUGGACAGUCGCUGGACACAGUGAAGGUGAAGAUGCAGUUGUUUCCGUCUCUCUAUCGGGGUUUUCUGCACUGUUUGGUCUCCACCUACAGGCAGGUGGGUAUCAGGGGGCUGUACCAGGGGACCACACCCGCUCUGAUGGCCAACAUGAGCGAGAACGCAGUGCUCUUCAUGUGCUACGGCUUCUGCCAGCAGAUGGUGCGGCGAGUGUGUGGCCUCGACAGGAAUGCCGCCCUCAGUGAUGUCCAAAAGGCGUGCGCUGGAUCUGUAGCCUCCUUCUUUUCCUCCUUCGUUUUGUGCCCGACGGAGUUAGUGAAGUGCAGACUGCAGGUGAUGAGUGAAAUGGCCUCCUCAGGGAAGAUCACGUCCGCUCACACCUCAGUGUGGUCAGUAAUAAAGUCCAUCAUGAAGACUGAGGGCCCCUCUGGGUUUUUUCAGGGUCUCACUUCGACCAUCGCCAGAGAGAUGCCAGGAUAUUUAUUUUUCUUUGGAGCAUAUGAACUCUGUCUCUCCGUCUUCUCCACACACCUGCGGUGCAGCAAAGAAGAUAUUGGUGUGGUUCCCACUGUGGUGAGUGGCGGUGUGGGCGGAGCAUGUCUCUGGUUGAUAAUUUAUCCCAUGGACUGUGUGAAGUCGAGGAUUCAGGUGAGGUCUAUGACACUGAGUCAGUCUGGAUUUUACAGAACCUUCAUCCACAUCUCCAGGACUGAAGGUGUGAGAGCUCUGUAUUCAGGUCUCACUCCUACGAUGAUCCGGACGUUUCCGGCGAACGGCACUCUCUUCCUGGCUUAUGAAGCGAGCCGCAAACUAAUGAUGUUACAUUUCAACGGUUGAUCCACAACCUUUCUACACACACACACACACACAUGUAGGUAUCAUGCCGCCAUCUUGUGUCAGAACUACAAUUCCCAGUCCACUUCCGUGUGACCUACGUCACGCGUGGGCGGGAUCAUCUACGUCAUCAUACAAGGAAACAUAAAACAAUGGGACAACGCUUCCAUCUUUGCUCUCUCACGUCUGGCUUCCGAUGGAUCUGGAUGUAUAAAGAGGCGCGCUCUCCACCCCAAAAAGACGUCUUCUUUCUUGCAAGAUCCAUCACUCAGCGCGAUUUUCCUUCUUACCCUUGGCAAAGGUAAACUCUAGAGUCGCGCGAUCUUUAAACUCAACCUGAGUUACAACCGGUUUACUUGCAUUAGAAGUGACGUCACGACUGCAGCCCAGGCAGUUAAAAGUUAAGAAGCGAUUGAAUCCUUUUUAACUCAAAAGCGCUGUGCAUCUUAUUCUGAUCAGAGACUUUUCCUCACGAACGCUGAGGUUCGGACCAAGAACCCUCUGCUUUCCACGGGAACCACCCAAGUGCUCCGCUGGACCCGAAAGUUUCUCCGCCUCCAUCACGAGCGGCUCACGUGCUCCCACGGCGAGGCCCGAGACUACACCGGCGAAUAGUUCUUCAUAUCUUGCUAAAGGCAGGAUUAAGUAAGAUUUUGGCAUUUGGGCAUAAUUAGGAUAGUCUUAGGAAUUUGCUUUUAUUUGAAAUAGUGUGAAUUUAAACCCAGGUUUAUUGUUACACUGUUGAACACGCAGCGUGUUGAUUUAUUUUGGUUCUAUG